AUGAUAGAUGAUGCGUCACGUGACUUUCUACCGAAGCCAUCGCAAGAUGCUGUUGAGGGCAUGCUUCGACUACUCAAAAACCCCGCAAAAUCGAUAACUCACGUGCACAUACACGGAGCUCUUGAAGCCGGUACAAGCGAUCUGUUUGCCAGUUCGAUCAUCAAAUUCGCCGAAUACCUAGCGGAAAACAAAAUCGAAGGAAUAGAAAUGCUUUACGUUAAUUGCGUCUAUGUCCAGGGAAAUGUGAAAACUCUUUUUACUGUGCUGAAAGGACAACUUAAUUUUUAUGAAAAUGAGAUUGACGAUUUUUGGGAUCUGAUCGAUGCGCUCAAAAAGCUUCGCAAGCGAAACGAAUUAAAUGCCAACAACAGAAUUUACGUUGUUUUCUAUGGCGCUGAAGCUCUGCAAAUGUUUUCAACCACUCAACUGCUUGGCUUAUUCAGCAUACCAACAAGAGUCUUGGGGUUUGUUCGAUUUAUUACAGUUUCCGAGUUGCCUUGGAGCGAGAUUGGAAAUACUUCAGAAUUUGUAUCAGCACCGAUCAAUUUUAAAGUCUUUCCUCCAACAUUGGAAGACAUCAUUUCUAUGAUUCGACAAAAGUUGCCCGAGGUUUCGGAACAGUUUAUCCGUUUUAUUGCAAGUGCGCUGUAUUUACAUUAUGCUGAUGCCAAUCUUCUAUAUAAAAAGGUGUAUGAUGCAUGGCAAUAUUACGCAAAAAAAUGUCCAGGAGGAAAAAGCUUUUGCUUGAAAAUCGCAAGCGAAGCUUAUAACGUUGUGCAAUCGGCCGGCACUUUGCAACUUCUGACUAAGAAGCGUGAUACCAAGUCAACACUACCACUUUCUGUUUCAUCCAGAUAUUUGGUUUUGGCAGCCUUCUUUGCAAGCCAAAAUAACGCAGCAGCCGACAGUCGUUAUUUUGCAACGUUUCAUGGACGAGAAAGACGAAACGAAAAUAGAGAACGACAGCAAGCGCUGGCAAGAAUUGAAAAAGACAUUGAUGUGAAACAAUUUGAUCUCACUCGGUUAUACAUGAUCUACCGAUCCUUACUUGAAAAGUACCCUCCAAAAGAACGAUCUCUCCUCAAUAGUCUUGAUCCUCUUGCACAGAUAACAAAGAUGGGUGAAGAAGUUUCGCUAAGCGAGGUGGCACUGAUCGAAAAGGAAUGGGGGAUGCCGUUGGAGUCACUUUACAAAGCCGCAGUAAAGUACUAUAAAGAAGAGGAGAACAAUGGUCACUUGGUGGUUGCGUAUGAUGAUCGUCUUCAGUUUAUGGCUUACAGCAAACAGGUUAAAUUGGGACCAUAUCAAGACAGUCACAACGAUGCCGGAUGGUUUGACUUCACUGGAUCAGAUAGAAUAAAGGCUUGGCAAGCUCUCGGACAACUAGGACGUGAAGAAGCAAUGGCCGGAUUUGUUUUCCUUCUUGACAGAGUUUGCCCUCCUUUCAAACAAUUCAUGCUCGAUUCAAUAGAAGCACCAAAUAACAAAGCUGAAGAGGCAGAACUUCGAGUAUUGAACGGUCAACGAGAAAGCCAACGACCCGGCACUCAUCAAGAACCACAAAUCGAUUACCAAGUCUACGAAGCUCAACGGAAACAAAUCCAAGAGGCCCUCAACACGCAAACUUAUCAUCAAUUCUUGGCUUACGCUCAGCAACAGAUUCCCAGCAAUCCAGAACAGGUUCUCUCUUUGAUCCUCCGUUGCACUUAUGCAUUGAUCGACGGAGGAAUAGUUCUGAUUUUU